GUUUGUCCCAGGCUCGUGACAGUGAGCUCGGUUAAGCCUUCCUGUGCAUACCUCUGUUAAUUGACACAAUUUUUCACUCUUUCUUUUAUCGUGCUACAUUAUCAGUGACACAAUGUCCAACCCAGACGUGGUCCUCGCAGCACGGGCGGCGCGGGGAAGCGUUGGUCUUCUGAGCAAGGGUUUCGCCGAACUGUUAGACCUGGAGGAUCCCUUGCGAGAUUUUAGAGGAAGAUUUAAUUAUCCGAAGAAAGGCGCACUGCCCAGUGUCAAGGUAGAAGGCGAUGAGGCUGCAGAAGAGUGCUUGUAUUUCAGCUCUCUGAACCUGGGUCUCAAACCUAAAGAGGCAGACUCUGCUGUACAAACGCAGCUGGAAAAGUGGGGCCACCUGGGCGUUGCGACCUAUGGGGCAGAGCCUUUGCCCAUCCACGUCUGCGACAGCUUCGGAAACGAGAUGAUGGGUCGACUGGUGGGGGCCGACCCACGAUCUGUCGCCUUGAUGAAUGGACUCACCGUGAACCUUCAUCUUCUCUUUAUCUCGUUUUAUCAGCCAACUCCUCAGCGUUACAAGAUACUGACUGAGGCUGCAGCUUUCUGUUCUGACAUGUACGCAUUUAGGAGUCAGGCUGAGAUGCGAGGCUAUGAUCCAGACGAUGCGGUGGUUGAGAUUUCUCCUCGAGAGGGUGAAUAUACGCUCCGUACAGAAGACAUCAUUAAGGUGAUCGAGGAGCAGGGCGACACCAUAGCUGUGGUGUGCAUGAGCGGAGUGCAGUACUACACGGGCCAGAAGUUUGACAUGCAGGCCAUCACGAGGGCGGCGCAGGCGGCGGGCGCUGUGGUCGGUUGGGACCUGGCGCACGCCGUGGGCAACGUCGGCCUGCAGUUGGACGAAUGGGGCGUCGACUUCGCUUUCUGGUGUUCCAAUAAGUACCUGUGCAGCGGGCCCGGCGCGAUCGGCGGCGCCUACGUGAACGGAUGCCACCACGGUCGGCGGGCGGCGCACCUGAAGGGCUGGUGGAGCAACCGAGAUUCAACGCGGGUGGAGAUGCGGGCCGAGUGCGACACUGCCGAGGGCGCGGGCGCCUUCAGGAUCACCACGCCCUCGCCUAUCCUCGUCGCCAUGGCCUGCGUUAGCCUACAGAUUCUGGACGAGGCAGGGAUGCAACGCAUGCUCGAAAAGCAGUUCCUUCUGACGGGUUUCCUGGAGUCGCUCCUCAAGAGGCAUUUCAACGGCAGCGGAGGAGAGGCGCCGCUCAGGAUCAUCACGCCCGAGGAUCCCGCCCAACGUGGCUGCCAACUCUCCAUCCUGUUUCCUGCGGGCGUGGCGAAGGUCCACGCUCGACUGCAGGAACUCGGGGUGGUGUGUGAUCUGAGAGCGCCGCGAGUGUUGCGUGUGGCACCGUCGCCUCUGUAUAAUUCCUUCCGUGACGUCUUCACUUUCGUGCAAGUCCUCUCGAAAGUGAUGAAGGAAACCCAUUAAUGGAAGAUUUACUUGACCUUCUGACAUGAUUAUGGACAGCCGAAAGGACAAUUGAGGCCAAGUCAGUGUUUUUUCAAGCUUGUUUUAGGUCCUGAUGGGAAACACAUAUACGCACAUACUUACAUAUAUGUGCGUUUGUGUGUGUAUUGUGUUUUUAUGCAUUUGCAUUACUUUGCAUAACAUGAUGCGUUUGGCAUGCUGUAGAACAUUGCUAGUGAUGUUUACCCCAAGAGGUUUACUGUUAGUAUGAACAAGAAUCCCCUUAACCCGCCCUCCUUUCUGACAAGAGCCACAUUGAUGUACAUGGCCAUUGAUGUCUAGCGUAU